AUGACCGCCACCUGCGGACUUGGGGCUCUGGGCGCACGUGUCUCGACGCCUUCCCCUAGUCCUGCGCCGGCCACGGGCACAGCCCGGUCCCAGAGGAAGGCGGUUUCUCAGCGGCCUCGGAUGGCCGCGCGCCGCGCCGUCCGCUCCGCCCAGGACGUGGCCAGCCCGAUGGGGGGCCCCAAGGACGGGCGCUCAGACCGAGGCUGGCGGGCGACCUGGGUGCUGGGCGCCGCCCUGCUCUGCCUGCACCUCCUGCCACUGCGCGCCCAGGCCCCUCCUCCGCUGUCAUCUGGGUACAACCAGCUGAGCAAUCCCUCUGAGUACAGCCGGCAGAUGACAGUGAACAAGAUCAUCGUCCACCCAGAAUACAACCAGCGUCACAACAUGGGGAGUGACAUCACCCUGCUACAAAUGCACCUGCCUGUGGAAUUCAAUGCCCAUAUCCGCCCUGCAUGCAUCCCAGAGCCCACCAUCUCGCUGCCCACUAAACUCAACUGCUGGAUAAGCGGCUGGGGAAUGCUCACGGAGCAAAAGUUCCUGCCUGAGCCCUUACAACUGCAAGAGGCAGAGGUCACCCUCGUAACAAACAACUACUGUAAAAUGUUCUACCCAACACCCCCAGGCCCCCCCAGGCGUGAUGUAUAUGGCAUAUAUGAUGAUAUGGUGUGUGCUGGUGACCUCUUCACGGGGAAGUCCAUCUGCCGAGGAGAUUCUGGGGGUCCCCUCGUCUGCCCGCUGAAUGGCACCUGGUUCCUGAUUGGGGUGUCCAGCUUCAGCAUGGAGUGCAACAGAUAUGUCAGCCUCAGCGUCUUCACCAGGAUCUCCUACUUUGCCAACUGGAUCGAUGAGAGGAAGAAGGCCACGCCCACUGCCGAUCCUUCCUUGGCGCCCCCUCAGGAGGCUCCCUCUGCUGUGAACAGCAUGGCCUCUCUGGGCACAGUGCACAAGCCUGGGAUCUGCGCGGCUCUGGUGUCUUCUCAUGUCUUCCUGCUGCUGCUCAUCAUCCUCAGGAGGCUGUGA